AAAAUAUUAAAAUACUGUAAUACAUCAAACAUUAAAAGCUUCCCUAAGCAGGGCUGCCUUCAGAUGUCUUCUAAAGUUUGGUAGUUGUUGUUCUCUUUGACAUCUGGUGGAAAUUAACACAUGCCAUUAAGGUAAGACGGGGAAUAUGUAGGAAAAAUACGUAGGGAAAAGGGAAACCCCAAAGAACCGAGGGGCUGGAGCGGCUUCCCUAUGAAGAAAGGGGGCGACGUUUGAAGCUUCUUCGUUCAGAUUGAAAAUAAGAGGCAACAUGAUAGAAGUUAGUUAACACAUGGAAAGGGCGUUAUUUUAUGAAAACCAAGUAACUUAAUUUUUUUUUUUAAGUGAACAGUACAUCAUCACCAUCAAACCUUUAUUGGCAUCACAUACAAACAUUCAGAAUAAAUAGGCCAGUGCGAUCUCGUCACCAUUUCAACAGUACAGUCAUUUGCCAAAGGGAAGAAGAGGCGAGCAAUCUAUUUCAAAGCAGUGUCUAAAUCUUGUUAAAUAAAUAACUAAAAUUGUUAAAUAAAUAAAAAGUGGAAGGGUUCUGUCCUGGACAGGUGGUUCAAUGUCUUUAUAAAUGACUUGGAUGAAGGAGUUGGGAUGCUCAUCCUCCUUUGGUGAUCACUUGAAGCGGAGUAAAAUUGUCUUCCAUGAGUCCGUCAGUGACCAUGGAGGCCAAUUCUGGAUCCGCAGUGGGGACACUGGUUUCCAGGCGGGAGUGGAUCACGGUGAGGGUUUGCCAAAUGUGCCUUCCUCUUAGCACAUUUCGUCCUGAGGAUGCUCAUCCAAUUUGCAGAUGACACCGAACUGGGAGAGGUAGCUAAUGCCGCAAAAGACAGAAUCAGAAUUCAAAAUGAGAACUGAUCGGAGAACCUGGCGCAAGCUAACAAAAUGAAUUUCAAUAGGGACAAAUGUCAGGUUCUGCACUUAGGCAGGAAAAACCUGGUGCACAAAUAUAGGAUGGGGGACACCUGUCUUACUAGCAGUACAGUGGUACCUCUGGUUGUGAAUGGGAUCCGUUCCGGAGCCCCGUUCGCAACUUGAGUACGCAACCUGCAUCUGUGCGGGUCGCGAUUCGUCACUUUUGCACGUGUGCAUGCCAUUUUGAGCAUCUGCGUACGUGCGAGUGGCGAAAUCCAGAAGUAACCCUUUCUGGUACUUCCAGGCCGCCGCGGGACGCAACCUGAAAAGAUUUAACCUGAAGCAAAGGUAACGAGGUAUGACUAUGUGUGAAAAGGAUCUAGGGGUCUUGGUGGACCACAAGCUGAACAGUGUGUCAACAGUGUGAUGCAGCAGCAAAAAAAGCUAACGCUAUUCUAGGCUGCAUCAACAGAAGUUUAGUGUCCAGAUCAAGGGAAGUAAUAGUCCCACUCUAUUCUGCCUUAGUCAGACCACACCUGGAAUACUGUGUCCAAUUCUAAGCACCACAAUUUUAGAAGAAUGUUGACAAGCUGGAACAUGUGCAGAGGAGGGCAACCAAGAUGAUCAAGCGCCUGUGGAAGCAAGUCUUCAAUUAUUGGUUAUCAUUGUGGCAUAGAUUACCAGACCAUUACCUUGCCCAAUGCUUAUGGCGAGAUGAAUUCCCCAGCCUUUGGACCAGUAGAAUUCAUGCCAAACUCCUGAGCUAUGGAAUCUCUCCCUUAGAUUCCCUAAAACUAGAUCAAAUCACUGCUCAAAGACUGAUCCGCCAAAGACUGGAUGACAUCGAUUUACAGCAAAAUUAUAUGCUGGGGGGAGGUGUUUGUUCGCCCCAGAACAUUGGUAUCACUUUAACUUACUGCGUUCCAUCAUACCUCUCCUCCCUUUCGACUGCUGCCCAUAGGCUGGCCUUCACCAAAGCGAGGUUUAAUGUUUUCCCUCCAAUGUCCUGAGACAUAGAUUCUCAAAGGGCCAAACCUCCGCCAUGUGCGAAUGUGAUAAGGAGAUGCCGGAGUCGCUUCAGCACAUUAUGUUCACUUGCCCCUUAUUUAAGGUGCCACGGGCAAAUUUGUUGGGAUCAAUCAUACAGAAAUUAGAGGGUACUCCACCAAAAUUCCACCUUGCCCAAAUCUUGCAGGAUAAGGAUGCCCAUACGACCCUGAAAGUGGCUAGGUUCCUGGUCGCUGUCCUUACCCAAAAGCGUUGCCAAGGAGCACCACAAGCUAAUUAAGGCGUAGUAUGCCAUUCCAUCUUAUAGUAGUUUAUUGUUAUAGUAGUGUUUUAGCGGCUGUUUUUUCCCAUGUGCACAGGCUGUUAUUUAUGUCUUGUUUUUAUCUGUAUGGGCCUACGGCCGUAAUAAAUAAAUAAAUAAAAAGAUCAAGCGUCUGGAAACCAAGCCUUAGGAGCAGUGUUUUUUCUGGGGGGACACAGGGGUACGCAUACCCAGUGCCGGAUUUACGUAUAAGCUAAACAAGCAGAAGCUUAGGGUCCCACUACCUUGGGGCCCCCCAAAAGAUUUAAAGCAAAAAAAAACCUGGAUGUGCAUUUGCAAAAUAUAAGAUAAAAAACAUAAAAUAAAACCUACAUACAGCAACAGUGGCAAAUGGCUUUAGAUACCUAUUACAGUGGUACCUCGGGUUAAGUACUUAAUUCGCUCUGGAGGUCCGUACUUAACCUGAAACUGUUCUUAACCUGAAGCACCACUUUUUUUAUUAUUUACAUUUAAUUAUUUCAGAUGAUGACGAUGCGUCUGCCACGUCCAGCCCAGCAAGCAUCCGCAGACGAAUUAAGACCCCGAAAUGGACUUUGGACAUGCCUGGUCAUUAAAAAAAAAACCUCUCUAUAAUAUAUGUAUUUCAAUGAACUUGUUUUUAGAAUUGGUUGUUAGUCGCCCUGAGCCCAGUCUUGCCUGGGGAGGGCGGGGUAUAAAUAACAUUUAUUUUUAUUUUUAUUUUAGAAAGCCACAGGGGCCGGGUAAAAAUGGGUUUUGGGGGCUGAAUUAAUGGACUUUGGACAUGCCUUUUCAAUAUAGUCAUAUUUACUUGAAGCGAUUCUAAAUCAUUUUUUUUAAAAAAACCCUCUAUAAUACAUGGAGAUCUUGGAGAUUUCAGAUGAUGACGAUACUUAUAUUUUAUUUUAUUUUUAUUACUUAUAUUGUAUUUAUUUAUAUUUUUUUAUUUCUAUUUUAUUUUAUUUUUAUUACUUAUAUUUUAUUUUAUUUUUAUUACUUAUAUUGUAUUUUAUUUUUAUUACUUAUAUUUUAUUUAUUUAUAUUUUUUUAUUUAUAUUGUAUUUUAUUUUUAUUACUUAUAUUUUAUUUUAUUUUUGUUACUUAUAUUGUAUUUAUUUCUAUUUUUUUAUUUCUAUUUUAUUUUAUUUUGACUAUUUCUAUUUUAUUUUCUAUUUUCUAUUUUAUUAUUUACAAUUAUUUCGGACGAUGACGAGACUUCUGCCCCGCCCAGCCCUGCUCGGGGAAGGGAGCGGAGGCGGAGGCGGCGGCGGCGCCGCGGCGGGCCUUCCCUCCUCGCGAAGGGGCCGGACGAGGGACGAGGAGGCGGCGGCCUCGCCGUUGGCGGGAAAAGCGCCCAAGAUGGCCGCCGAGAAGCUGAGGGGCAAAGUGGGCGCUGCCUUCAAGAUGCACGGCUUGCUGCUCCGCGCGUGAGUAGCAGAAACACCCCGGGGUGGGAAGCCAGACUCUGCCCCCCCAACCCACGCCCCUUGCAUGAAGGGCUGCGUGUACACGUGUACGUGUGAACGCAGCCCCAGGCGCGCGCGGGCGCCGCCUCCCCCCUGGGGCUCCUCAGGUGGCCGACAAAGAGAUGAGAAAGGGGGUGUGCAACGAAUGGGUCGUCUUUUUUCGCCAUAUCUGGUGACUUGGGGUCUCCUCGUGUGAAAUGGACAGGCAACGUCGAAAGCUGGGGCGGCUCACACGGAGCCAAACUCGGUCCUCCAGAUUUUUUUGGGGGACUACAACUCCCAUCAUCCCUAGCUAACAGGAGGAAUGGUCAGGGGUGAUGGGAAUUGUAGUCUCAGAACAUCUGGAGGGCUGAGGUUGCCUAUGCUUGCCCUUGGCCAUGUGAGCUGAUGGGGGUGGAGUCCCACAACAUCUGGGAGAAAUAAAAAAAAUGGUCCAGUAGCACCUUAUAGACCAACUAUAUAACAAUAACAACAACAAUUUAUUAUUUAUACCCACAACAACAACAACAAUAAUAAUAAUAAUUUAUUAUUUAUACCGCACCCAUCUGGCUGGGCUUCCCCAUCCACUCUGGGCAGCUUCCAACAAAAUAUUAAAAUACAGUAAUGCAUCAAACAUUAAAAGCAAAAAACAUUAAAAUCGUGCAUGCACGCGAAAGCCUAUACCAGAACAAACUUAUAUGGUCUAUAAGGUGCCACUGGACAAUUUUUUAAAAAUUAUUUUUAUUUCAACUGCAUCAGACCAACACGGCUACCUACCUGAAUCUAACAUCUGGAAGGGCCACCAUCAGCCACAGGUUGCAAGGACCGUGGGGAAUUUGGUGCUGAAAGAUAAGAGAAAUUUUUCUAUGUACUAGGUUAGAAAGCUUUCAGAAAAAAAAGAGCUAGGCCAGGUACCCUCAAACUUGGCCCUCCAGAUGUUUUGGGACUACAAUUCCCAUCAUCCCUGACCACUGGUCCUGUUAGCUAGGGAUGAUGGGAGUUGUAGUCCCAAAACAGCUGGAGGGCCAAGUUUGGGGAUGCCUGGUCUAUAAGGUGCUACUGGACAAUUUUUAUUUUUAUUUUUAUUUCUUCCAGAUGUUGUGGGACUCCACCCCAUGGCCAAGGGCAAGCAUAGGCAAACUCAGCCGUCCAGAUGUUUUUUGAGACUACAAUUCCCAUCAUCCCUGACCACUGGUUCUGUUAGCUAGGGAUGAUGGGAGUUGUAGUCCAAAAACAUCUGGAGGGCCGAGUUUGCCUAUGCCUGCUCCAAAGGAAUAGCUGCAGUGGUUUUCCUGCAAGGACGGCUUCCACAGUUCUGGGGUGGAUGAAAACGGAAUCACUUACAAAUCUCCCCAUGUGUUUUCUGGGCAAUUAGUCUGAAAACUGCAGGCAUGAGAGUGGUGCCCCAGAGCAGAAACAUGCAGUCACAGAAAAUUAGUUCCGUACUUAGUUUAAACCCAGCCAUGCACAUCCAGGUCUUUAUUUUAGCCCUUGGCUUCAAUAGUUCUUUCCUUGCGUCCCUGAUCAUUUUUGCUCUAGACACCCAUUUGUGAACCCAUGUUUACUAUGGGUAUAUAUUCAUACGAAUCUUGAGAAUGUGUAGGGGGUAUUUGGUGCUUGUUAGAGGUAAAGACAGAGGUCCUCUGGCAGGGUCGGGAUGGCAUGGGGAUGAGGGACCAACUCCCUUCUCUUGUGGGGGCCCAAUUAGUGCCAUUUCCUUCCGUUAAGAGCUUGGGUGUAAUCCUUGACGCCUCCCUUUCCAUGGAGGCGCAGGUUACAGCAACAGCCAAGGCGACAUUUUUCCACCUUUGCCACAUCAAGCAGUUGCUCCCUUACCUUUCCCGCCCCGACUUGGCCGCAGUGAUCCAUGCGACGGUCACCUCCAGGCUUGACUACUGUAAUUCGCUCUACGCGGGGCUGCCCUUGAAGCUGUCCCAGAAACUCCAGCGGGUGCAGAAUGCUGCAGCGAGGCUCCUCACGGGGUCCCUGCCAUGGGAGCUGCACUGGCUCCCGGUGGAGGACAGGGUCAGGUUCAAGGUGCUGGUUUUGACCUUUAAAGCUCUUCACGGCCUAGGACCUUCGUACCUACGGGAGCGCCUAUUCCCGGUUUGCCCCGCGGAGGACCUUAAGGUCCAUAAAUACCAACACCCUAGAGGUCCCAGGCCCUAAAGAAGUUAGAUUAGCUUCAACCAGAGCCAGGGCCUUUUCAACGCUGGCCCCGGCCUGGUGGAACGCUCUGCCUCAUGAGACCACGGCCCUGCAGGAUCUGAUUUCUUUCCCCAGGACCUGUAAGACUUGUUCAGCCUGGCCUUUGGCUUGGAGCCAAUUUGAUUCCCUCCCUCUCUUUCUUUUUUCUUUUCCUUUCUCCUCCUGCAAUGAGGCUACAUUUUAAUAUUUUAAUGUUUCAGUAUUUUAAUGUUGUAUUUUAAUUUUGUUUUUAAGUUGUAAUCAUUCAACUUGUUUUUAUUAUUGCUUGUUAGCCGCCCUGAGCCCGGCCUUGGCGGGGUAUAAAUAAAAUAAAAUUAAUAAUAAUAAUAAUAAUAAUAAUAAUUAUUAUUAUUAUUAUUAUUAUUAAAGCAGGAUCUCUACAAGGCAGCACCUUUAAAGUUGAUUUUGUGGUGGGAAGCGUUAAAAGGGAUUCAUGACAAUCAUUCCUUCUGAUGACAAGCUAGACUUGUCAGUUGUGAAGGAGCCCCCGCCCGCUGCCACCAAUCCUGGCAUCUUCCUUAGACAUAAAUGCCACUCUUGCAAAACUGCUCCCUCCCAGAAAGCAUUGGGUUUGGAGAGGGCUGGUAAAAUUGUUUCCCCUGAUAACAAGCUAGAUAUGUCAGUGACAACAGAACAGAGUUUGGAGAUGCCUGAGCUAGGUAAAUUCCGGAAGGAGGAGAGACUUUCACCCGAUGACUACUUGGCAAAGCAGCUGAAUGAAGUCUCUGGAAGAAGUCUCGCUCCAAAUCAGGUCACCAGGGCACACGCUCCCACAAAGCCUUCCUUGGGCACCCACAGGCAGUGCCAGAUUUACAUAUAAGCUAAACAAGCUAUAGCUUAGGGCCCCACUCUCUUGGGGGCCCCCCCAAAAAAAUUAAAGGAAAAAACCAAACCCGGAUGUACAUUUCCAAAAUAUAAGAUAAAAAAACAAAUAAAACCUACAAUUAUUAUUUCGUGGUAUAGCAAGUUUCUAGAGACUAGAUUAUGAGUCUUUGUAAAUCGUGUUUCUAAAGGAAAUUUUGUUACUGCCAAAUGCCAAAGUGUUUGCAUUACAGUCAUACCUCGGGUUACAGACGCUUCAGGUUGCGUUUUUUCGGGUUACGGACCCGCCGAAACCCAGAAAUACCGGAACGAGUUACUUCCGGGUUUCAGGGGUCGCGCAUGCGCAGAAGCGCUAAAUCGCGCUUUGCACAUGCGCAGAAGCGCCAAAUCGCAACCCACGCAUGCGCAGAUGGAUCACGUUUGCAAUCCGAGCGUCCACUGUAUUAAUUUUGUUAUGAAUAAAAAAUCAUUUUAACUUAGAACUUAAUUGUUUCACUAUUAAUAUACUUAAUUGUAUUUCACUGUUAAUAUACUUCUAAAUUGUAUUUCAGUUCAACGAUUCCUUUGAUAUAAUACAUAUUUUGUUAUGUGCAAAUACCUGUCAGGUCCAUAAAUGACCAUAUAGCAUAUAUUCAACCCAAAAACCAGCGACAAUUUGUUGUUGACAAAGGACAACAGGACCUUCAGUAGCUUAGGACCUUAUUAAACCUAAAUCUGGCUCUGCCUGCAGGUCCCCUCCCUCUGCUGAAAUUAGCAAUAUACAGUCGUACCUUGGUUCCUGAACGCCUUGGUACUCGUACAUUUUGGUUCUCGAAUGCUGCAAACCCGGAAUUGAGUGUUCUGGUUUACGAACUUUUUUGGAAGCCGAACGUCCAAUGCGACUUCCACAGCUUCCAGUUGAGUGCAGGAAGCUCCCGCAGCCAAUCGGAAGCUGCGCCUUGGUUUUUGAAUGUUUUCGGAAGUUGAACGGACUUUCAGAACGGAUUACAUUUGAGAGCCAAGGUAUGACUGUAUUUUAGUCGACAAACUAAUGAUUCAAUUGGGGGCAGUUCUUGUGUUCACAUCCGUAUGCCAUCGUCAUGUGCAUUAUUACGAUCGUUUCAAUCACAUCUCGACUAAUUUCGUUCUUUAUUCUUUAAUCAGAGAAGCUACCAAGUAUCUCACAGAAGUUCUUCAGACAGUUAAUGAAGCGGAACUUGAAGAUAUGAUAGAAAAUAUAAUUGAUGCUGUUGAAAAGCAGCCUUGUAAGUAGAGUUUUGGUUAUCUUAAAUGCUUUGAAGAGAAAAGAAAGUUGGAUUCUUAUGAGUUUUGUGGCGUCCUUGUGUGGCUGUGAUGCUCAUGAUAAUUACCGUAUUUUUCGUUCCAUAGGACGCUCUGUCCCAUAGGAUGCACCUACUUUUUUGGGGGGGGAAAUAAAGGAAAAUAAUUUUUCCUUUAUUUCCCCCCCAAAACCAGGUCGGGGAACAGUGGGAUGGUGGCGCUGCGCCUCCCCGUUGUCCCCCGAGCUUGUGGGGCUGGCCGAUGUCUGCCCGGCGUGAGGAGCGCUCUGCUUCAGGGCGCCCCACGCGCCGGGUGGCAGGCUGCAGACACCUGCGCGAAGCACGGGGCGUCCUCCGGAGGGCGCCCCAUGCUCCGCGCUGCCGGCUGCCACCCGCAAGCCGUGCGCGCCCGGGGAGUUCCCCGGGCGCACAAGGCUUGCCGACACCUGCACGAAGCACGGGGCGUCCUCCGGAGGGCGCCCCGUGCUCCGCGCUGCAGGCUGCCGCCCGCAAGCCUUGCGUUCCUGGGGCUGAUCCCCCGGGUGUGCAAGGCUUGCCGACACCUGCGCGAAGCACGGGGCGUCCUCCGGAGGGCACCCCGUGCUCCGCGCUGCAGGCUGCCGCCCGCAAGCCUUGCGCUCCCGGGGGGAUCUCCCCCCGGGCGCACAAGGCUUGCCGACACCUGCGCGAAGCACGGGGCGUCCUCCGGAGGGCGCCCCGUGCUCUGCGCUGCAGGCCCGCAAGCCUUGCGUGCCCGGGGGAACUCCCCCCGGGUGCGCAAGGCUUGCAGAUAGCUUCCUGGAGCCUGGAGAGCGAGAGGUGUCGGUGCGCACUGAUGCCUCUCGCUCUCCAGGCUUCAGCGAAAGCCUGCAUUCGCCCCAUAGGACGCACACACAUUUCCCCUUCAUUUUUGGAGGGGAAAAAGUGUGUCCUAUAGGGCGAAAAAUACGGUAAGUGUGUUAAAGUUCUAUGGAUCUAAUAAUUGGCACAAUAGAUGGCAGGGGCAGAACUUUGGGUCACAAGGCUGCAUGUGCAACCAGCAAAUAGAGCAUUAUGUUCCAGUUAGCUUCUCAUUGCUAAUAAGAUUGUACUGUAAUUCUAUUAUGAUUUCUCUUGAAGCAAAGGUAUUUUAAAAUGCUUUGUGAAAUACUUCUGUAGCCUGCAUAUGCGUAGGUUACCAUUUUAAUCUUUUUUUAAAAAAAAAAUUAUUAGGAAUUUAAACAAAACAUAUUAUCUUAAAACAUAUCAUCCUUAAUUUCCCUCCUCCCUCCCACAAAACAUCCCCCCCUCCCCACCCCACCCUGACUUCCCUCAGUUCCAAUCUCUGGUUUCUCUAUAAAUGCUAUUCUCUGCAUGUUACAAAAUUGUAUAAAUCCUUAAUUUAUCCAACUGGUUAUUAUCAAUAAAAAGUUUGUGAGUGUUUAUUCAAAGGCUGCCAAGGUGUCCAGUUCACUUUGUUGUAUCCUUAGAUACUUUGUAAAAGGUUCCCAUUCAUCUUUAAAGUCAUAGUUAUCCUUGUCUUGUAGUUUAUGUGUCAAUUUUGCCAAUUCUGUAUAGUCCAUCAGUUUCUCUUGCCAUAAUUCUUUAGUCGGGAUUUCCUCAGUCUUCCAUCCUUGUGCUAUUAAGACUCUGGCCGCCGUUGUCACAGACAUGACGAUAUUUUUCAACUUCUUUGGCAGGUCUUAUCCUACAAUCCCUCACAAAAAUGCUUUGGGUUUUUUAGCAAAUGUUAGAUGGAACAUUUUCUUCAAUUCAUUGUACAUCAUUUCCCAAAUUUUUUAACAUUUCAUUACAAUCCCACCACAUAUGGUAAAAUGUCCCCUCCUUUUUGUUACACUUCCAACACAUAUUUGAGCUAAUUUUAUUCAUUUUUCCUAACUGCACUGGUGUCAUAUACCAUCUAUACAUCAUCUUCAUAUAAUUUUCUUUCAACAAAGAACAAUCUGUAAACCAUUUUAAUCUUUUGAAUUGUUCUCUUCAGUGACAUGUAAUAUGAUUGAAAGAGCUAUGGUGGAAGCAGCAGUCCUGGAAUGCAGCCAGUCCCUAGAUGAGACCAUGUAAGUUGGCAUCAAUUCACAUAGAGGAGUAAACAAACCACUGGGAACAUUUCUGCCAUCAAAUUCAGUUAAUUGCCAUUUGUAGCCCUCCCUGCUGAUAUUUCAGAUUUAAAACUCAUUAACGCUAGCCCCUUCUUUAGACUCUGAGCGAUUGUAAUCUUGUUCUUACAUUAAAAUGGCAUGUCUAGGGCACUGUGUGGCUUUUACCAGAGAUCAUUGUUGUUGUUUAGUCGUUUAGUCGUGUCCGACUCUUCGUGACCCCCUGGACCAGAGCACGCCAGGCACUUCUGUCCUUCACUGCCUCCCGCAGUUUGAUCAAACUCAUGCUGGUAGCUUCAAGAACACCAUCCAACCAUCUCAUUCUCCGUCGUCCCCUUCUCCUUGUGCCCUCCAUCUUUCCCAACAUCAGGGUCUUUUCCAGGGAGUCUUCUCUUCUCAUGAGGUGGCCAAAGUAUUGGAGCCUCAGCUUCAGACCAGAGAUCAUUAGCUGAUAGCAUUGGGAAGAAAAUGUUUAAAAGAACGUUUCCUAAAAACCCAGAAGCUUUCCUUCUGGGAAUAAUAACAACAGAAAUCCCAAAAAAUCACACUACAUUAUAGAGGUAUGUGACUACAGCGGCCCGAACUCUGGUAGCACAAACGUGGAGAACAGAUGCGGUAUCAUCACAGAAAGAAUGGCACCUUAAAAUAUUAGAUUAUUUGGAACUCGCCAGCAUGACAAACAGAUUAGGAAAUAAGGAUGAUAAGAAACUAAAAGAAGAUUUGACAAUAUAUAUAUAGGUUAUAUGGAAAAAUACUAUAACAAUAAAAUAGUGUAACAGGAUGUAUAAAUACUCAGCAGUAGAUGUGACAAAGUGGGAUAGUGUAUGGCAAUGAAAACAAUGUAGUAGGGUAAGAAAAUGCAGUUUGAAAAGAUAGGAAACCAGGGAAAGAGUGAAAGGGGAGUUAACAUCAAUGUAUAUAAGAGCGGAGGAAUAAGUUAUGUUGCGAUUAUUGCUCAUAUACAUACGUGUUAUAUUUAAGUUAUUUUUCUUUUCUUAUUACCUUGUGCAUGACUGUAACACAGUAUGCAUUGAUGGUAUGAUUAUACAGAAAAGCAAAUAAUAAUAAUAAAGAAUAUAUAUAUUUUUUAAAAUCCAUGAACUUGACUGUCAGUUAUUUAAAUGAGAUAGAGGACUCAGCUAUACAGCCACAAAUAAAAAAGUUUUAAGUGUGUUUUAAGUGCAGUAUACAAGGUGACACUAGAUGGCGAUGAUGAGCUUUAAGGAAAAUUCAGUGUAUUUUUAAAAAUGCUUUUUAAAAAAAGCAUUUUCAGGACAGUUUUUAUAUGUGUGUCGAUUCUACCUCUGACUUAGUUAGAUACAGCCCAGUAAGUUUGGAAUGCUCUUUGGCUUAAGUCCUAUUCAGAUGUUCUACUUGCGUGUAAAAUCAAUACAAGGGCAGGUAGGAGAGCACUAAGCUUAUAAUCUGAACCAUAAACUAUGGCUCAUUUAGCUGUGGUUAGCGAAAGCAAGCCAUCUUCAUAAACCAUGGCUUAGUUUCACUAACUAAGUUGAUUUAAGCAGAGUCUUUGUGCCCAGCGGAAGGAUGAGGAAAAUGUGUUACAUACUCUAAAUUGCUUUAUUUACAGUUCAAAGCUGGUAUAUUACAGAAAGACAUCUUGCCUCUGCAGGAGCAGAGAAAUGCAUCCUCUCUCCUCAACAGCUUGGAGAGAAUCACACAGUGAAAAAACAGCAAAACAGUGUACGUCACAUCCAGUCUCCCUUUCCCGUGAGAAACUCCAACAGUACAGACUGUGGAAUGUAAGCACCUGUCUUGUGACUGCAGUUGCUGCACAGUGAAGGAAAGCAGAAACCAACAUCCUCCCCUUUCUGUGAACAUCACUGGGCAGCGUGUUCAGUACAAUAUCAGUACAAACCCAACUUCUGCACAUAGGUACAGUGUUGAUCCCUUGAUACAAUCUUGGACAAUACAUCAGCAGGAAUUUCAUUACCUGGCAUAUAGGACACCGUUACGAGUCCCUUCUGAAUACAUUCCCUAGCAUGCUGCAACUUUAAUUGCAAGUGCUUUGUGCUUUGCUUACAACCUUCAGACUUCAGCAAAGCCAAACAUGCUUUGUUGUCCUGGUAAACCUGGAUUGGACAUUUGACAGGAAUUUUCAUAUCUUUGCACAAUUGUACUAACCAUUCACAAUCCUUAAGUGAAUAAGACAGUGCAUUCAGUUCAGCUUCACAAGUACUUAAGCUAACUGUUGUUUGCUUCUUGCAUGACCAAUCAAACAGACUCUGAUUGUACAUGUAGCAAACUCCAGACGUACUUUUCCUGUCUGUAGCGUCACUUCCAAAACUUGCAUCUGCAAAUAUCUCAAGACCACCAGACUUCUGAUUGUUAAAUCUCAGUCUGUAAUGCAUAGUGCCUUUCAAAUACCGCGCUAUGCGUUUCAGAGCUUUCAAUCCUUGACACUAGGAUUGUUGACUUGUCUGCUUAGCAAAUUACAGCUAACAGCAAUGUCUGGUCUUGAACAUCUGGCAAUGAAGUUUAGCUUGCCUAGCACACUCCUGUACAGUGUAGUGUCAGAAAAUGCUUCUUCAGUGUCAUCUACCUGAUAACCUGUUGUCAUCGGUGUGUCUACAGGGUUAGCAUCCAUCAGAUUUAGUUUGCUUAACACAUCAGCAAUUUUCCGUGACUGGUGUACUAGAAUGUUACCAUCUUGAUCUCUCUCUAUUUCCAGAGAUAGGUAGUUGUUUACCUCACCAAGAUCUUUCAUGUCAAAGUGCUCUUUCAGUUGAGCUAGGGCGCUAUUGUACAUUGCAACAUCUUUCCAAAAGAAUAAUAAAUCAUCAACAUAAAACAAACAGUACAGUUUCUUUUGCCCCUCCUCUUUGACAAAUGCACAUGGAUCAGCUUUCCCUUGCUGAAAACCUAGAGAAAACAAUACUUCAGUGAGUUUUGUGUGCCAACACCGUGCACUUUGUUUGAGACCAUAAAGGGAUUUCUUCAGAGCACAAACAAAUCCCUGUUUUACCUGUACGCCAUCAGGUGGAAGCAUAUAAAGUGAUUCAUCUAGAGAUCCGUACAGAAAAGCUGUAUUAAUAUCAUGGUGACUAAUGUGUAGAUUUUCCUCUGCAGCUAGCUUGAGCAUAAGCCUAAUGCUUUCAUAUCUCACUGUGGGUGAAUAGGUCUCGUGAUAGUCUUCACCUGGUACCUGUGCAAAACCUCUGGCUACCAAUCUGGCUUUGUGUCUGACUAUCUUGCCAUUUUGAUCUGUCUUCGCUUUGAAGACCCAUUUGCUUCCAAGCAGUUUCAUUCCUGGAACUACUGGAACUAGCUCCCAUGUUUUGUUCCUUUCUAAGGAAUCAAGCUCAGCCUUCAUGGCAUUUAACCAUGGCUCAGCUUCCUUUGAAUCCAAACCCUGGAUUUCUUGGAAACUUGAAGGUUCAAAUACCUUCUUGGAGCUUUUAACAGCUGUUACUGCUAUCUUAGCAAACUCAUCAGCAAAUCUCUUUGGAGGUUUGCCUUUUGUGGCUCUCUGUGACCUACGAAUUAGCCUUAAGUCUUCAACACUCUCCUCUUCCUUCUUAGGAGAAAAACGACCUAUUGUGAACAAUGGUUCCUCCAAUUCUUGAUCAGAGCUUUCAGAGGGUCGCAUAGAGGCUUUCGCACUCUUGAAAUCCUCUGAAUCACCCGAUUCAGUUUCAGAUUCAGACUCAGAACCUUCAUCAGUGGGUGUGGGCUGUUGUGGUUGCUUUUGACUAUCCUCAGUCUCAUCACCGUCAUCAGGAUAACAUUGGAAAAUUCCCACAUUCUCCCCCACUUUGCAUUGUACUCAACACUUCUCGUGAGCUUAAUUGUCUUAGAGUCAGUCAUCAUUAUUCUGUAAGACCCUUUCUGAUAACCUAGAAAGAUACCAUGCAAUCCACGCUUGUCUAACUUGGAGUUUUGUGGUGAGCGAACCCACAUGUCAGAACCAAAAAUCUUCAUGUGUUUGAUGUAUGGCUUCUUGCCAAACAUCUUCUCAUAGAGGUACAACCAAUCGCUGAAGAUAAUCUGCGAUUGUAACUGUAAACAAAACACGAGAGAGAUUCGGCCCAAUAACUCUCUGGAAGAUUGGCAUCAUGCAGCAAGGUUUUUAAUCCUUGAAGCAAUGUCUGAUUUGCCCGUUCCGCAAGUCCAUUCUGCCAUGGCGAGCGAGGACUAGACAAAUCGUGUUGAAUUCCUUUCUCAGUCAGAAAAGCUUCAAACUGCUGAGAAGUGAAUUCCCCCAGCGAUCACUGAAAAGAGUCUUUAUCUUCUUACCAUGCACAUUUUCCAACCAAGCACAGAAUUCCUUGAACCUAGGAAAAGCCUCCGAUUUCUGCUUGAGAUUGUACACAAAAAUAUAUCUAGAAAAUGCAUCAAUGAGAACCAUGAAGUAUCUAUUUCCACCCAAAGAGGGCGAUAGUGGUCCAACCAAAUCAGCAUGAACAACCUGGUAUGGUUCUGUAGCUUUCCUACUAGACACCUUACCUUUCGCAGCCAUUUUCACCUUGUUUGCUGCGCAUGCUUUGCACUUCAUGUGGUACCUGCAGGGUUUAAUAGUCAUACCUUCAACCAAGGCAGGCAUUUUAGAUACUGCCUCAAAAUGCAAAUGACCAAAUUUGCGAUGAAAAUCGUGAAUACAUUCUGCAUGCAAACUUUUGUUAGAACCUGCAAUGCAACAAGUGUCAUCCUGCACCACAUCAUCAUAAUACAAAACAAACAAAUGAUCAACAUAUUCUGCAUGCAAUACAUAAUCAUUUUUCUUUGUGAUGAUGCACUUCUUGUUCUUGAAGGAAACGUCAAUGUUCCGCUCAUUCAGCUGUCCAACGCUGAGCAGAUUAUGUUUGGCGUCUGGCACGUAAAGCACAUUCUGUAUCGAUAAGUCCAAACUGUGAAGAACAACAGUUCCGUAGCCUUUACUGGGAAUAGUGUGGUCAUCCGCCUGGUGAAUCGCACCUUCCUGCGGUGUAAAAGACACAAACAGUUUCUUAUCGUUGCACAUGUGGUGGGUCGCCGCUGAAUCAACAACGAAGAAAGAUCUAGACGUCUUCUGGACCUCUGCAACCUUUGGAGUGAAGCGUGAAACCAUAGCCUUGUGCUGCGUUGUCCUAGACACCGGACCUUUGCCUUUGCCUCGGCCUUUUCCGCGCGAUGAGCUUUCGCUGCGCUGCUCUGUCUUGGCCCUGGGAUGUCUGCAUUCCCUCUUCAUAUGGCCUAGACGUCCACACGAGUAGCAUUUCACUGCCUUCAAAGCUUUGGCGCCAUCUGGUGGUUCCACUGCACUAUGGGAUGACGUCUGUGAAGACUCUCCCUUGCCCAUGCAGCUAGCACCCGGCGAUCUGCUUCAUUUAAAAUCACGGCAGUAACAAAGUCCACUGUCAGCUGAGCAGUUGGUUGCACAGCAAUCUGGGUUGCAACAGACUCCCAACCUGAACCCAAAGAUUGUAGUAUCAUGAAAGAAUACACAGCCUCUGGAAAGUUGAGUCCUCUCUGUUGCAGCUCAUGUCUCAGAUUUUGCAUCUCCAUUAGAUGUAAACGCACAUCUCCACCUUCAGCAAGAGCCAUAUUAUGCAGCUUGUUAAAAUAAAACAUAGUGGAUCCAGCUUCUGUCCUUAAGUGAGCCUCUCUCAGAGCGUCCCAAAUUUCUCUGGCUGAGGUCUUAUCACGCAAUAGACAGAGCUCUUCUGGGGAUACUAUCAAUGUAAGAGUUCCCCUUGCUUUGGAAUCCUUAGCUUCCCAUGCAUCUGUAACUGGAACUGGGGGGGUUCCUGUAAUCACCUCAAACAAACCCUCUUUCCGCAGAAUUGCCUCUGCAUACUGAACCCAGUCGCUGUAAUUUGUCUUGUUGAGCUUAGGAAUCCCACAAGCAUCCUGAAGGGCCAUCAUGACUCUGGCAUUAGCCUUCAGCGUCAUAUCUAUGCUGCUUUAAAUCUUGCUGCGUCACUGCUGCAGCUGCUUCAUUACAAAGGCACACUUAAAAGUUACUUUCGAUUUCCCCAGCAUAGUGACUUGUGCCUGGGAGCCUUUUGCCUAUUCCCGGCAAAACCGGCUUUAAAAGUUCAAAGUCCAGCCAUAAAGCCAUUAUCUUGAAGCUGGCAGGCUGCCCGGAGCAGUAGCACAUACCUCAUCAAUCACUUCUACGCGCAGAGCAGAUUCCUUUCCGAUCCGUCCCUCUGCAUUCCGAUCCUCUGCCGGCACUCCGAUUCGACCUCUGGAGUCCAUAACCACGUGUUGAUUUAAAGCAGAGUCUGUUGUGCCCAGCGGAAGGAUGAGGAAAAUGUGUUACAUACUCUAUAUUGCUUUAUUUACAGUUCAAAGCUGGUAUAUUACAGAAAGACAUCUUGCCUCUGCAGGAGCAGAAAAAUGCAUCCUCUCUCCUCAACAGCUUGGAGAGAAUCACACAGUGAAAAAACAGGAAACCAGUGUACGUCACAUCCAGUCUCCCUUUCCCGUGAGAAACUCCAACAGUACAGACUGUGGAAUGUAAGCACCUGUCUUGUGACUGCAGUUGCUGCACAGUGAAGGAAAGCAGAAACCAACAAAUUCAGUGUAUUUUUAAAAAUGCUUUUUAAAAAAAGCAUUUUCAGGACAGUUUUUAUAUGUGUGUCGAUUCUACCUCUGACUUAGUUAGAUACAGCCCAGUAAGUUUGGAAUGCUCUUUGGCUUAAGUCCUAUUCAGAUGUUCUACUUGCGUGUAAAAUCAAUACAAGGGCAGGUAGGAGAGCACUAAGCUUAUAAUCUGAACCAUAAACUAUGGCUCAUUUAGCUGUGGUUAGCGAAAGCAAGCCAUCUUCAUAAACCAUGGCUUAGUUUCACUAACCAUCAGUAAGAGAAAUCACAGUUUGUCCAGGAGUGGGCAACAAACAUCCCCUCUGUCAUCACACUGUAACCUGGGGGAUAUCCAAUGAAGGUGAAUGUUUGGAAAUUUAGGAAGGAGAAAAAGAAGUCCUUCUUCAUACAGUGCACACUUAAACUAUGGAACUUGCUGCCAAAGGAGACAGUAAUGGUAAUCCACCUGAAUGGCAUUAAAGGAGUCUUAGACAAAUUCAUGGAGGAUACUGCUAUCAGUGGCUACUAGUCAGGGUGGCUGUGUUGCCCUGGAGGUGGCGUGCUCCCAGUCACUUGCUGGAAAUCAGAGAGUGCUAUUGUGCUAAUAUUCAGUUUGUGUGCUUCGUAUACAGUGGUACCUCAGGUUAAGUACUUAAUUCGUUCCGGAGGUCCGUACUUAACCUGAAACUGUUCUUUACCUGAAGCACUACUUUAGCUAAUGGGGCCUCCCGCUGCUGCCACGCCGCCGGAGCAUGAUUUCUGUUCUCAUCCUGAAGCAAAGUUCUUAACCCGAGGUACUAUUUCUGGGUUAGUGGAGUCUGUAACCUGAAGCGUAUGUAACCUGAAGUGUAUGUAACCUGAGGUACCACUGUAUAGGCAAAUCGUUUGCUACUGUGAGAAAAUAGGCCUCUGCUUUCAUCCAACAAGGCUAUUUUGAUGUUCUUAGGACGCAACAAACUGCUUAAUCAAAAGCAUAAGGGAAAGCUUCUGAACUCCUUGAGCUGUGCCAGGGCAAUGUUUGAACCCCGAGGGAAGCCGUUUUAUUUGCGUCUGCUAGAAUAAAUUGAAAAUCAAAGUAACUGUAUUCUCGCUGUUCAAGCAAAUGUAAAGUGAUUUUCUUGUAAAUGUGAAAACACAUGAAUAAGUUACAGUAGGAUAAUGAAUCAAAUUGUUUUUAAAGUGAUUUCCCCCCCUUUAAAAUGCAUUCAUAUGUAUGUGCCUUACUGUGCAUUUCUUUGUUUUAACCCCCAGGGAACAUAUUUUCAACAUUAUUGGAGCAUUUGAUAUCCCCAGAUACGUUUACAAUUCUGAAAGAAAGAAGUUUCUCCCGUAAGUUUUUGUUUUGCAGUUUCUGAAGAGCUUGCAUCCCAACAAUCGUUUCCCCAUUUCUUCAGACCAGGUUUGACUUACAAUAUGCAAAGGUUUCCUAGUUCCCUAUUUUAGCACGGAGGUGCAGGUCAAUUCUAUGUCCAGGGCAGCUGUCUACCAGCUCCACCUGGUACCCCAGCUGAGACCCUCCCUGCCCACAGACUGUCUCACCAGAGUGGUGCAUGCUCUGGUUAUCUCUUGCUUGGACUACUGCAAUGCGCUCUACGUGGGGCUACCUUUGAAGGUGACUCGGAAACUACAGCUAAUCCAGAAUGCGGCAGCUAAACUGGUGACUGGGAGCGGCCGCUGAGACCAUAUAUUUCUGGUCCUAAAGGAUCUUCAUUGGCUCCCAGUACGUUUCCGAGCACAAUUCAAAGUGUUGCUGCUGAUCUUUAAAGCCCUAAAUGGCCUCGGUCCAGUAUACCUGAAGAAGCGUCUCCACCCCCAUCAUUCUGCCCGGACACUGAGGUCCAGCUCCAAGGUCUUCUGCUGGUUCCCUCACUGCGAGAAGCGAAGUUACAGGGAACCAGGCAGAAGGCCUUCUCGGUAGUGGCGCCCUCCCUGUGGAACACCCUUCAGAUGUUAAGGAGAUAAAGAACUAUACAACUUUUAGAAGACAUCUGAAGGCAGCCCUGUAUUGGGAAGUUUUUAAUGUUUGGUGCUUUAUUAUGUUUUAUAUAUUGUGUAAGCCGCUCAGAGCAGCUGGGGAAACCAGAUGGGCAAGGUAUUAUUAUUACUAUUAUUAUUAUUAUUGAUAGUAAUAAAUAAUAAAUUUUUAUUUAUACCCCGCUCUCCCCAGCCAGAGCCAGGUUCAGGGCAGCUGACACCAGUAAAAUUACAAUAAAAACAUAAUGGGGGGGGGGAGAGAAAAGAAAAGAAUAAAACCCAGUUUAAAAUACGGGUUAAAAUACAAUUUAAAAUGCAGCCUCAUUUUAAAAGUAGCCGAUAAAUCAAGACCAUAAGGGGAGGGCAACAUAAGGGUCAGACUGAGUCCAAACCAAAGGCCAGGCGGAACAGCUCCGUCUUGCAGGCCCUGCGGAGAGAUGUCAAGUCCCACAGGGCCCUGGUCUCUUGUGACAGAGUGUUACUCCAAGUCGGGGCCAGUGCUGAAAAGGCCCUGGCCCUAGUUGAGACCAACCUAACCACCUUGCGACUCGGGACCUCAAAAAUGUUGUCAUUUGUGGACCUUAAGGUCCUCCGCGGGGCAGACCAGGAGAGGCGGUCCUGUAUUAUUAUUACCACACACUUUUUGUGCUCACUUAAAAUCCACCUUUACACAAGUCUCUGUAAAAAUUGAUUUCAGCCUCUCAAUGACCGGCCAUUCGGCUCCAAAUUUAUUUGGCUCUGCCAGAGAUAAAGCAGAACUGUUUCGUGAGCGCUACAUCAUCUUGCAGCAGGUAAGGUAAAGGGAGGAAAUACUCCAUCAGAUACAUAUUAAUGCCAUAAGUACAUGACAAGAGUGCUGCUGAAUCGGACCCAAGGACCCAUGUAGCCUAGCAUCCUAUGCCCACAGUGGCCGCUCAGAUGCUCCCAAUGCCCACAGAAGGACUUGAGAGCAGUAGCCUUUCUGUGCUGUUUGCCCUCCAGCAACUGAUUUUGCAAGGUAUGCUUCCCCGUGGACAAGGAGGUUCCACUUAGCUGCUAUGGCUGACAGCUGCUGAUAGUGUCCUCUUCCUUCACGAAUUUGGCUUAUUCCCAUCUUAAAACUACAGUCAUACCUCUGGAUAAAUAUGCUUUAGGAUAAGUAUUUUUGGGUUGCGCUCCGCGGUGACCCGGAAGUAACAGAGCACAUUACUUCUGGGUUUCGCUGCUCGUGCAUGCGCAGACGGUAAAAAUGACAUCAUGCGUGGAAGCGGCGAAACGUGACCCGCGCACACACAGAUGCGCAGUCGUGUCUUACGUUCUGUUCAGGAUGCGAACAGGGCUCCGGAAUGGAUCCCGUUCGCAUCCCGAGGUACCACUGUAUCUGUAAUAGUGGCUGCCACCACAUGCCGUGGCAGCGAAUUCCAUGAGUUGAUUACCGUAUUUUUCGCUCUAUAAGAUGCACCAGACCACAAGACGCACCUAGUUUUUGGAGGAGGAAAACAAGAAAAAAAAUAUUCUGAAUCCCAGAAGCCAGAACACCAAGAGGGAUCGCUGCUCAGCAAAAGCAGCGAUCCCUCUUGCUGUUCUGGCUUCUGGGAUAGCUGCGCAGCCUGCAUUCGCUCCAUAAGACGCACACACAUUUCCCCUUACUUUUUGGGAGGGGAAAAGUGAGUCUUAUAGAGCAAAAAAUACGGUAUAUGCUAAGUAAGCAGCUGCAGUUUCCUUCCAAAUAAUUAACUCUGUAGCUGUGGAACAUCGUUUCACCGCCAAGCUUGUAAAGCACAUAUCUCAACCAUAGUAGGCUAGGACCAUGGUUAAUGUGGGAUAACAGCUUGAGGGCAUCAUUGCAUGGGGGGAAAUGUUUUAACCAUAACUGCAUGGUACUUUCCCUUGCUACCGGGCUUGUAUUUCCCACUGUGCAGAGAACGCAUAGGCAUGAACUCUUCACACCAUCUGCUAUUGGCGCGCCUGCAGAGGAAAGCAGAAGUAAAUUCCAGGUAAAAUUUAAAAUGUUUUCAUUUACUUACUUAAAUAUUUACAGAAUUUAUAUCCUGCACCUUGCAACACAAAGGCCCUUUGGAGACUUUGGGCAUGCGUUUCUCAAACAGCAGCUCCCAUUUUUCCUAAGAGAAAGGUAAAGGGGCCCCUGACCAUUAGGUCCAGUUGUGGCCGACUCUGGGGUUGCGGUGCUCAUCUCACUUUAUUGGCCGAGGGAGCCAGCGUACAGCUUCCAGGUCAUGUGGUCAGCAUGACUAAGCCGCUUCUGGCAAACCAGAGCAGCGCAUGGAAACGCUGUCUACCUUCCUGCCGGAGCGGUACCUAUUUAUCUACUUGCACUUUGACGUGCUUUCGAACUGCUAGGUGGGCAGGAGCAGGGACCGAGCAACAGGAGCUCACCCCGUCGCGGGGAUUCGAACCGCCACCCUUCUGAUCGGCAAGUCCUAGGCUCUGUGGUUUAGACCACAGCGCCACCCGCGUCCCACAAGAGCAAACUAAGGACAAACUAAGGAGUCUUUAAAAACCGCUGAAAGCCAUUUGCAGUAGGGCACCAGGGACUGACAUUCAAAGGGGGUAAAGUAGCUCUAAGGCUGUGUAGCUAAUUUUUGAAUCUGGGAAACGCAGGCCUUAACUAAUUUAAUUUAUUUGUCUCUGAUUGUAGCUCAAAACUAUAGAAACUCUCUUGGGGAACUCAGCUAAAGUUAAGGAAGUUAUCGUUCUGGGGAUGAUAACCCAGCUGAAAGAGGUAAGCUGUGCUGUGUCAGCGGCUCUUUAGAUGACUUUGCUGUUCAGUGUUCUGAUGGCGAUGCACAUGAUUUGUGUUAAAAUGUGACCAGGGGAAUGGUCCAAAAUAUUCCACUAAUAUAAGCAGAAGUGGAGUUUUUUACAGUUGCAUGACCUCAAGGGGAGUGUUUUGAAGCUGAAUGGCUUGGCCCUAAUUUAUUUUAUCCAUAUUUUUAAGGGGAAAUUUUUCUUGGAAGAUCCAACAGGAGUUGUUCAGCUGGACAUUAGUAAAGCAAUAUCCUUUUACAUGCAUCCUAAGUAAGAAAAGAGACUGAACAGUGAGAUAAACUCAUAUUUCCCCUUUUACAUUUCUUUGUGGACCUUCUACUUGUUUUUCCCCCCAAUUCUUUUUUCCUACCUGUAGUUUAAUCAUUGUAUAGGGUAUAAUAAUAAUAAUAAUAAUAAUAAUAAUAAGAAAUUUGCUUUCUCAUCCAGCUGCUACAAAGUUUUCCUUUCUCCAACUCCCUUUUCGUUUUUUUCACAUGUUGAUUUUUAGUUGUUAACCCUGCAGACUGGGGCGUUUCAUUCCUGUACAGUACCUAGUCCUCACUUGUCUCCUCUGUUUCAAAUGGCCAGACACUGAGUGUUGCUGCUUUUGCAGCCAAACAGCUGGAAUGGUUUAAUUAAAAACAUAGUUAUUCCCACCCAACAGUACUUACACAGCUGCCUUUUUGUCUUUCUAACAAUCAACUUGCCAUGAUCGCACACAGCUGUAGUCAUCGUAACCGUCUUCCUGGAGAUUCACCCAGAAAUGGAAGUUUUCUAUUCCUUUACUUGCUAAUCAGCUAACCUAAAAACCCAAUAUUUUUGUAUAUGAGCUCUCUGCCGGCCCUUCCCAAUUUGCAUUUUUACAACAGUAUGAAGGCCUAAAUGUUAUUGUUCUAUUUUAACCAACACAUGGAAAAAUUUAGGCUGUUGGCUUCCAUGUGGAGAAAUGAAGGUGCAAAGAAUAUUCACAGCCUUGCCUAAAGUCUGUGUUUUGAGCCACAGCUGUUCAUUUGCUCGGAUUAUAAUAAUUAGAAUCAUUUCUAUAGUGCGGCCUACAUAGCAAGAACAUCUUCCUUAACUGUUCUGUACCAGUUCCACAGUGGCUUAUACACAGAGUCCUGUUUUGUUUUAACAGAAGGUAAGCCAGAUCAUUUUUCUUCUUCUCAAGCUUCACUCUUUUCAGUAAGGUCAGACUUGUUCAGCUGAUAUAACUACUGGCUCUGUUUGCAUGAUAAAUCCAGGGAUCUGAACAGAUAAGGGUGGGUGGAGAGGAGAGAAUUGUACCAGAGGACACUGCCUAGGUGUUGUUCUAAGGCUUUGAACAGAACCUAGUCAUAUAGAAGUUGUGUACACAAUCCAUACACUUCAGCAGAGUACAGAUUGCAUCAGCAACUUAUGUGUUGUUAUUAUUAUUAAUUAUUAUAUUGAUGGGGGUGCGGGUGGUGCUGUGGGUUAAACCACGGACCCUAGGACUUGCCGAUCAGAAGGUCGGCGGUUUGAAUCCCCACAACAGGGUGAGCUCCCGUUGCUCGGUCCCUGCUCCUGCCCACCUAGCAGUUCGAAAGCACGAAGUGCAAGUAGAUAAAUAGGUACCGCUCUGGCGGGAAGGUAAAUGUCGUUUCCAUGCGCUGCUCUGGUUCACCAGAAGCGGCUUAGUCAUGCUGGCCACAUGACCCGGAAGCUGUACGCCGGCUCCCUUGGCCAAUAAAGCGAGAUGAGCACCGCAACCCCAGAGUUGGCCACGACUGGACCUAAUGGUUAGCGGUCCCUUUACCUUUAUUAUAUUAUUAUUAUUAACCUGCCCUUCAUCAUGAGAUCCCAGGGUGUGUUAUAACAAUUUAAAAAUGCAAUAUUAAAAACAAUUAAAAUGGAUUAUAAUCCAGAGAAUAGGGUGGGUCCUUAAAUAUCUAUCUUGGGUGUCAAAGGCACCUAGACUGGUGACUGGGAGCUGCCUCCGGGACCAUAUAACACCAGUCUUAAAAGAUCUACAAAUUUCCCAUUUAAAUAGAUGGUAAAAUCAAAGGGCUCUAAAUAAAUAAAAAAAUGCACGAGCUGUUCUUAAACAUCCAGGAAAACAGAAAUAUUUUUAUCUGGUGCUGCAGUGAUCGUAAGCAGACCUCUAGGUGGGCCUCUUUGAGUAAGACAUUCCUCUAACCAGGUUAUUCCUCCAUGCUUCCGACUUGCUGCUUCUUGUGUGGGGAUUUUCCUUCGUCCCAUAUGGAAAAAACCAAAUUCACUUGCUAAAAGGUAGUUGGGGAUCAGCUCCUUUAUUGCAUUUAUGAAUCAGUAGGCGAUUAGCUUGUGGUUUUUCUGUUCGUGUAUCAUUUACACAUUUGAGAACCUGGGAGAAAAAUAAUGUAAAAUAUGUUCAGAGAGCCUGGCGUCUUUGGUGGAGGAUGUAGUAUCAAUGGGAGUGAUAGGUUUAAAGCAUACCAUGUUUUUUUUUAAUUUGGAAAAAAAGCCAUGCUAAUCUUAUUUCCUAGGCUGGUAUGAAGAUGAAAUAUUUCACGUCAAUGCAUUUGGCUUCCCCCCUACGGAGCCUUCUACAACAACUAGGUAAAAAACUAUAAAACUAUAAAUUUUCAUUUUGCUCCAUUUUUAUGAAGGAAAAUCUUAGGUGUAAGAGUAUACAGUUUAUUUAAUCUCUUGAGGAACUGAUGUUUGUAAUGUGGAUUAUUAUCAGCAAAAAUUUGCAUUUCAGAAACUUUAUGCAGGUGAGGGACAGAGUGAGCUGGGUUGGGGAGUCAGUGUUCAAUGCUGGAAGCUACAGACCCUUAUUUAAAGUCAAACUCUUUGAAACCAACAAGUGACAAACUGAGGACGUGAUCUGGGAGAGGAAUGAGCUUAACUUCCUUCUGCAGGGCCUGUAAGACAGAGCUAUUCCGCCUGGCUUUCAAUUUGAACUUAGCCUGAUCUUUUAUUCCCCUUCCUUCCCUCCCCAUCCCCUUUUUAUGAAGAUUCCCCGCUCUGGGAUCCCACAGCUAAUUCUCCCCUGGUCUCCUCGCUGGCCCAAAUAGGACUAAUUUAGCCAGCUAGCCCUGGUGAUCAUCUAAUGUUUAUUGGAUGGAUUUCCCCCCCAAAUUGAGUUUUGAAUUCUGAAUUUAUUGUUAUUCUCGUUUUACACUGUAUUUUAUGCUGUUUUUUGUUGCAUUAAUUAAGUGUUUUAAAUAUGUUAUUUGCCGCCCUGAGCCUGGUUUUCUGAACUGGGAAGGGCAGGGUAUAAAUAAAAAUUAUUAUUAUUAUUAUUAUUAUUAUUAUUAUUAUUAUUAAAUGGAGCCUUCUGGCGUUUGCUGUUCAUGCUGUAGGGCGUAUUAUGGAAACACAAACUUCUUUGGAGGGCCUUCUUCGACCUCUGUAAAAUCUUCUGCGAAAUUGAAACAGCUGGAAGAAGAAAAUGAGGACGCCAUGUUUGUGUUCCUUUCGGACGUUUGGCUGGACCAAGCAGAAGUUUUGGAGAAGCUGCGUAUUAUGUUUUCAGGUAGCUCUGUUGACCCAUAUUUGUCAGCCGCUUAAAGGUUUCGGUUGAAAUGUGAAGCAAUAUGUAAAAAUAAAAAAGAUAUGUGCUACCAAACCAAAAGUCAGUGAUGUUCCUUGUUCCUCUAACCAGGUUACUCCUCCAUGCCUCCAACUUGCUUCUUCUUCUGUGGGAACUUUUCCUCUGCCCCAUACGGAAAAAACCAAAUUCAGUCGCUAAAAGGUACUUUGGAGUCAGCUGCUGUAUUGCAUAUUGUGAAUAGUUUGUGGUUUUUUCUGUUUGUGUGUUAUUUAAACAUUUGAGAGACAGUUCUGUAGCGAGAUCCAUGGUGGGAAAUUUGUUGUGAAUGGGAGGGGUAAGACUAAUAAUAAUAAUAAUAAAUAUUUUAUUUAUACCCCGCCCUCCCCAGCCAAGACUGGGCUCAGGGUGGCUGACACCAAAUAUAAAAUACAGUAAAAACAUUUUAAAAACAACCAAACAGUUGAUUAAAAUAUACAAAAUCCCAGAUAAGGGGUUCCAUCAAAAAAUAAAAAUAAAACAAACAAACAAAUAAAUAAAUAAGUGACUGGUGCAAACUUGACAUGCUUUGAAUGAAGCUGGUGUAAUGUGGUGGCAACUGAGCUGCUUCCAUUAGAAGAGUUUACCCAUUUCAACAGUGAUUGAAGUAAAGUGGGAGGGCGGUACCAUGGCAGCAGGCUCAUAUCCUAGAGAAUGCCAUGUUUAUUAGAAUAUGCACUGGCUCCCAGUCGGUUUCCAAGCACAAUUCAAAGUGUUGGUGCUGACCUUUGAAGCCCUAAACUGCCUCAGCCCUGUAUACCUGAAGGAGCGUCUCCACCUCCAUUGUUCUACCCAGACACUGAGGUCCAGCUCCGAGGGCCUUCUGGCAGUUCCCUCAUUGUGAGAAGUAAGGUUACAGGGAACCAGACACAGGGCCUUCUCAGUAGCGGCGCCCACCGUAUGGAACGCCCUCCCACCAGAUGUCAAAGAGAUAAACAACUACCAGACUUUUAGACGACAUCUGAAGGAAGCCCUGUUUAGGGAAGCUUUUAAUGUUUAAUAGACUAUUGUAUUUUAAUAUUCUGUUGGAAGCCGCCCAGAGUGGCUGGGGAAACCCAGCCAGAUGGGCGGGGUAUAAAUAAUAAUAAAUUAUUAUUAUUAUUAUUAUUAUUAUUCUGCAGAGCCCCCCCAGGGUUCUCAGUGUGGCUUUUCACCCAGAAGUGGCUGAAAUGGAGCUACGGUUUUGCCCAGCUAUAAUUGAUAUCUCAAUUUAAACUUGCUUAGGUUCAGUAAUAAAAAUACUUGCCUUAGUGAUCUUUGCAUUGUGAGAAACAGCUUCCACAAAGCCAUUUACAAUAUAACCAACUGGUUUAGUUACUUAAGGUGGGGGGAAAUAAUAGAUGUUCUGCGUAACUGUUGUUCAACUGUCGAUGUAAGAUGCAUAUUAAUUACCUGUGGAUAAGAUGAGAAAAUAUAGGAAUAACUAUGCAGUUUCAUAGGAAAGCUUUUACGGUUGUACCUCUAGGUUCACUGAAAGCCCUUGCAAAUAUCAUCUGUGAAUACCCCAGUAUCCAUAAGAGGUAUGUGCUGUGUUUUUAUUUGCUUGGUGAAAAAUCUUACUGAAUAUGUGCUUCAGAUUUGUCAGUUAGAGAAAACAUUCCACCCUGCAGAAUUUAGUCCCACUUAAAGAAAGAAAGAAAAAUUGAGUCCAUUCACACCAAGUAUUGUAUACAGAAUUUUGAUAACAGCUACUAAAAAGUUCAUUCUCCUUUGUUCAGCCACACUUAAACAUUUUGUUGUUGCUGGCAUCCUGUCUAUCUUGGGAGACUUAUGGUCUCUGUGUGUGGUUUGGGAGCUGCACGGUCAGGGGAAAAACAAUGUUGUCCAGGGUUGUAAAGACUGCGGAGAGAAUAAUUGGGUGCACUCUCCCCACCUUGGAUCAAAUCUAUGCUUCCAGGUGUCAUAAGAAAGCUGCAGAGAUAGCGCAGGAUAGUGCGCACCCCGGAAAUGAUCUCUUUCAGCUUCUGCCUUCUAGAAGAAGGUACAGGGUUAUAAAGACUAGGACUAGCCGCCUGAGUUUCUAUUCAAAUGUGAUUUUGGUUUUAAACGCAGUGUAAGGUAGUCUCUAUGGGAGUAUAUUGUAUUUAAUUAUGGGGUAUCAGAGUUUUUAGGGGGCUAACCAGGCUGGGAUAGCAGGCUUGUUGGUUUCUGAAUGUCUGACGUAGAUUUUCAAUUUCAUUCUGUAUGGGACAAUGGCACUAAAGAUUAUCAUAUCGUAUCGUACAAUGGGGGAGUGCACCUUUGUUCAUUCACCUGUCAUAACUGGAGGUUUAUGUGGCCUGCCAUCCACUUCUAAAACUCUAAUUGUAUAUGAGUAAUGUUGCCAUUUACUUUACUUACGCUUUGAUUUUUACCUAUCGGUUAUGUUAAAUGUAGUAUAUGAAUUCAACUAUUUAUAGCAGUCGGUUUGUGUUUGUUCCUGGCUCUGAAGACCCCGGCCCAGGUUCAGUUUUGCCAAGGUAUGCUUGUGACUUGACAGUUAAGGUGAUUCAUUCAAACAUCCAACUUUGAGAAUACACACAUUUCUUUCUAAUACAUACCACACAAUUUAUUUCAGGCCACCACUUCCUGAAAACAUUACUGAAGAGUUCAAACAGCAGGUGCCAUUUUCAGUCUUCACUACAAAUCCUUGCAGGUAAAUGUCCCAAUUUAAAAGAGAUGUUUUAAAUUGAGACCUUUAAUAUGUGUCAGAUUAAUAGUACACAUAAUACUACAUAUUUGUGUAGGGUUAAUACUCUGAGUAUCCGGGGAGAAGUCUGUGUGUGUUUCUGCCUUGCUGAUGGUCUCUCCUGGAUGCCUGUUUAAUCACCCUGAAAAAAUAAAAUUGUGCUUCUUCCUUCCAGAGUCCAGUAUUGCACUCAGGAAAUAAUAAUCUUUAGAGAAGACCUGGUAAAUAAGAUGUGCCGGAACUGUGUCCGUUUUCCUAACAGCAACUUGGAUAUUUCUAAUCACGUAAGGCAAAAAAAAGCAUGAAAGAUUUGAGGAUAAGCUUCUGCUGGUUAGGUCGUUACUAUUAUUCUAGCAUGGUUAUUUUUAGUAAUAGAGUAAGAAAUUGAGAAAGAGAUCUAGUGUAAUAUGAUCGGGCACCUGCUUCUCAUUCCUUUCCUUACCUCUGCAUCUCCCCCGCCUCCACCUGCUCUGAAGCGUGGGGAGGAAGCAGAUUUGGAGGAUAUGGGGAGGACUGGAGAGGGAAGAAGAGAAAACUGAACUCCUUACAGUAUAUGCAAGCAGAUUUCUUCAUUGCUUUUAUUUUUUAUUCAACUCCUAUACUACCCUUCAUCCAAGGAUCACAGGGCCGUUUUAAAUAAGUGGGCUGUGCAAGUGGAUUGCCACAUUUGGAUCUCACCCAGAGAAAACCAUCCAGUAAUAAUAAUAAUAAUUAAUAAUAAUAAUUUAUUAUUUAUACCCCGCCCAUCUGGCUGGGUUUCCCCAGCCACUCUGGGCGGCUUCCAACAAAGAUUAAAAAUACAUUAAAAUGUCACACAUUAAAAACUUCCCUGAACAGGGCUGCCUUCAGAUGUCUUCUAAAGGUCUGGUAGUUGUUUAUCUCUUUGACAUCUGAUGGGAGGGCGUUCCACGGGGUGGGUGCCACUACCGAGAAGGCCCUCUGCCUGGUUCCCUGUAGCUUUGCUUCUCGCAAUGAGGGAACUGCCAGAAGGCCCUCGGCGCUGGACCUCAGCAUCCGGGCAGAAUGAUGGGGGUGGAGAUGCUCCUUCAGGUAUACUGGGCCUUGGCCGUUUGUGUCUGAUUACCAGCAGAGUGGACUCCCACUUGUACUCUGGAUGAUAUUCAACACUCUGCAAGCAGAUAUCUGCUCAAACAGUGAUACUUUCCCUUCUCUGCUGCCCCCCGCCUGCCCUCCCAAAUCUGCCGGGGCAGGAGCAGAAGGGGAACUUUGGGUGUCCUGACGAAUGCAGUAUGUUUAAAGUGGCCACCUUAUUUUAAUCUUCACACACCCGAAGUUCUUUUCUGUUCCAGUGCAUUUCUGUGCAAAUAAUAUGGGACACAUAUACAAGAGUUCUACCGAGGGAGAAGUAGUUGUCAUUGAAAAGAGAGAGAGGAGCUGAAAUUCCAUCUUCUUUCUUCUGCAUAUACUGUAGAAACUUUUUAAUAUAGUUAAUGGAAUGGAUGGAUGGAUUCUGAUGACUAAAUUGGAUUCCAAAUGGUUCAUCUUCCAUACAAGAGGCCUUGCAGCUGCUCUGCUCUGGAAAAGUAUAGUUUCCUGAAAGCAUGGUCCUCAGAGAUCACUUCAGAUGCUGUUGGUAGCAUGGGAAUGUCAUUGGGUCAAGUCACCGCACAACCCUGCAAGACUGCAGAGGUUUGAAUGAGUCUCAAUUCUGACUUCGUUUACCAGAUUUAGAACUCGAAAUGAAGCCUAUAGUGCUCUUUUUAACAUGUGCUAAUCAUCAGGAAAGGAAGAUGGUUUUGUGAUUUAUAUAGGAGUUUGGAAGACAGGUUUUUGCUUUCAAAUGGAAACCAAAGUAAUUUGUGUGCCUUUGUUCAUUGCCUUGCAGUUUGUAAAGACUAUUUUAUCACAAGGUCAUCUGACUCCAUUGCCCCUUAAUGUUAGUCCUGUCUACUGGGCCUAUGACUAUACACUGAGAACCUACCCUCUGCCGGAUCUCAUUGUCUUUGCUGACAAAUAUGACCCGUUCACUGUGACCAACACUGAUUGCCUCUGCAUAAAUCCCGUAAGAUCCUGUCUCUCUAUCCACCCUUUCCUUCCUUCUGUAAGCAUGAUGAAAAACCGUCUCUAGUAAGAAAAAAAAGAUGUGUUUAAUGUAUUGUUAGUACACACUCUUAGUUGGGAUUGUUCCUACUUAGCACCGCUCAUUCUGAUGGAUAUAUAAUAGAAACAUUUAUUUUGUUUUUCCAAAACAAAAAAAUGGCAAGUUAACUGAAAGUUAUUGUACCUGAGUUUCAUUCCUUCCUUCCAUUAUUAUUCUUAAAUUAAAUGCUGCCAGGUGGUGGUGAUUAGUACUUACUCUUAUGCAAGCAGCGCACUGUUUUGUUAAUGUGGAGUUUCAGAUUCUACUUUAGUCUGGUGCUAGAACAAUGUGACUUUGAAAAGAGUGGCAUGGAUCAGCCUCUUAGAGGUGUCCCCGUAAAGCUGAACAAAUUUGAGCUGCCUUGUGUUAUAGGGAAAGCUACUGAUUUAGCCUUUCCAGAAUCUAAAUUAGGUCCUUUUAGAAAGAUCCAGGCAGGUACGCAAUUGGCGUUUCAAAACAAAAGGCAAGUGUAGAGAGUUCCUGGGACAUCCUGCACAAGGUGAGGCGAUAGCCCAGCCAUGGGGCAUUUCCUGCUCAUUAAAUCUAUUUUAUCAAGGUUCUAUUGCUGUGGCGACGAGAACAAAGGAAGCUGGUUUUACAUUGAGUCAGAUCUGGUCUCUGUUGUCUAUGUUGACUAUCAGUGGCUCUCUAGGGUUCAGAUGGGCUAUUCCCAAGCCUUUAUAGUGAUGCAGAGGACUGAACCUUCUGCAUGCAAAGUAGAUGAUGUACCGCUGAGCUACAGCCCUUCAGAUGUUCUUAAGAAAUCCAAAUGACGAGCUUUAAAAACUAAAGUCCUUUCUUACCCUCUCAUUCCAGGGAUCUUUCCCAAGAAGUGGCUUUUCAUUCAAAGUAUUCUACCCAUCUAACAAAACAGUGGAGGACAGGUAAGGUCUUGUUUUUUCAUAUCAAAUAGUAAGUGCGAGACCCCCUGCUUUUACAAUACAAAUUUCACCGUUAUUUGGGCUGCCGUUGUAAAGUCUUUGUUUGGUGGAACAAAGAGUUUGGUGUUUGACUGGGAUAAAAACAAACUGUUCAAUAUAUAAAGCACGACUACAGUAAGCCCGCAACUUAGGCACAUUUAAUUUGUGUGUAUUCAGCUUUAUGUGCUUGGCAAAAAAAAGUAAGAAAUUAAAAAGUGGACGGACGUUUGGGUAAGAAGGCUUUGGCAAUUCCCCCCCCUCCCCAUUGAACCUAGUGUGUCUUAACUAUAUGAGAUUUUGGCUUUUGGUGCAUUCCACAGAAUGUAACCCCUGCAUGAGUUGCGGGGUUACUGUGCUCGCAAGGAAAAAUCCAUACCCAAGAAUUUCAGCCCCAUAGCACCAUAGUGGCUACAAGGUGUCUGAAUAUAAGGGUUUUUAAUACUAUUCAGAGGAAGAUUGAGAUUCAGAUAAACCUUUCUAGGGAGGGAAUUAUGAAGCUUGCCUUCCCUCUAUAUACCAAAAAGGAAAUUACCCAAGAAUGUGCCCCCCACUCUGCUAUUUUGCUCUGCUGAACUUGUGCUUUUGCAAGCGCCAUGUCAUGCUUGUCCUGCUUUUGUAGGCAAUGGGUCCUUUAGUGUUGCACCACCCAUUUUUGAGAACUUCCUGUCCAUUAAUAUUUCGCAGGGGCCUUCAGUGAAUUGUUCUCGGUGCCUACUAAGAACUUUGUUUCGGCAAGCCCUGCCUAGGCAUAUAAGUCUAGCAUUUCAGCUUAACAGGAGUACGUUAGCUGUUCACCAGUUUUAAGUUUGUUUUAAACUUUCAUGUCACUUGCUUUUAAUACUUGUUUUCUGUUGGUGUUUUUGGUAUUUUAACUGUUUUGUUAAACUGCUUUGGAGGCUUUUUUGUUGUUGUUCUAGUAAGUGGUAAAUACAGUCUUGUUAAAUAGAAACGAACAAAUCUCCGUUCCUGUUUUGGAACUCUUGCCCUUGGGUAACAACAUGAAUUUGGACCAGUCUGUCCUGUGAAUACAUCUGUGUAGAAUUGUCAGUGAGCAUUUUUAGUAGGAGGGUUUUUCAUUCAUAUGUUUUUAUUCACAGAAUGUAGGCUAUAAAAGAGGAAUAUAAAAUAUUGCCUAUAUAAAAUGUAGAUACAAGAUAUAGGUAAAGGUAAAGGUACCCCUGCCCGUACGGGCGUCUUGACAGACUCUAGGGUUGUGCGCUCAUCUCACUCUAGACGCCGGGAGCCAGCGCUGUCCGCAGACACUUCCGGGUCACGUGGCCAGCGUGACGAAGCUGCUCUGGCGAUCCAGCACCAGCGCAGCACACGGAAACGCCGUUUACCUUCCCGCUAUAAAGCGGUACCUAUUUAUCUACUUGCACUUAGGGGUGCUUUCGAACUGCUAGGUGGGCAGGAGCUGGGACCGAAAGACGGGAGCUCACCCCGCCGCGGGGAUUCGAACCGCCGACCAUGCGAUCGGCAAGUCCUAGGCGCUGAGGUUUUACCCACAGCGCCACCCGCGUCCCCAAGAUAUAUUAGAAUAUUAAAGACUGUAUUUUUUAUUUUUUUUUGUAUCCAUACCACAAGGACAAUGUUGAAAGGCAGCAGUGACACCCUAGCUAGUGCACUCGGUUAAGAGUGGGCAUUACAAAAUUUGUAUUCCCCCCCACCUUCCCACUUAUUUGUAACACAACCCUGAAAUCUUAUUCUGCCUAACUGGCAGUAAUUCUCUUAGGUACAUUUGUGAUUUUCAGACCAAGCUAUGGCUUUUAAAACCUUUCCUUUAUAACUAAGCUAGUAAACUUUCAGCGACCCCAGCCAUCUGGAAGAUAGCCAAGCUGAGUUUUAAGGGAAUUAAAUAGGGAAGCAUUAAGACUCAGCGAUCAGAGGCAAUCUCGGUAGCCUUCCGUGUGAAGUGUAAAGGGUUCCUUUUUUUGUUGUAUUAAACAGAACUUAAUCCUCAGGGCCUGGGACAAAGCAUUACAAAUCUGUGUGAAGUGGGCUCUUUGUGUCCCCAUCAAGUGCACUAAUCUUGGAUCUAGAAUAUUCACGUAACUUUAAUCAAAUGCGAGGGUUUAAUUCUAUGUAACCAUAGGAACAAAGAUAUCUUAGUAUGGCAAACUCCUUUGAAGUUGCUAGUGCUUAUUUUACAAACUUUUAAAAAGCAAGCAUUAAGGCCGAAGAAAGAAAGGUAAGAAGUUAAGUUUCAAGAAGCACCAAUGUAGUUAUGGUAACUUGAUUUUUUUCCCUUCCCCCAGCAAACUUCAAGAUAUUUGAAUCUCAGGAAAUAACAGUAGAUCAAGUAUUCUGACCUUAAUACCAUGGAAGCACCACUUCUGGAAUCAUGGAUUUUAUUAUAUGCUGCUGUUACAGAUAUUGAACGUCUUGUAAAUAAACUUUCAAACAAUGGAUGGUAUAGG